AUGAGGGAUCCUGGUGUGCCUGGCUACGAGGAUAACAUGCUCACCAGCUGCUGGACUGUUCCGUGGACCAGACAGGGCGGCCAACACGCAGGAAAACACCUAUUUGGGGGGUCAAGUGCGCUUCCGCUGGUGAUGCCAAGCAGUUGGGCCCUCGAGUGGCUUGAACCAGUAUGGCAGGUCCAAGAUAUCAAUAGCGGGGAGAUGUCUUUUGGGGACUUUUUGAACGUGAGCGAAUGCGGCUGCAGUCUUCGCGAGAUUCAGGUCUGCCAAUGGUACGGAGUAACUUGGACGUUGGGCCCUUUGCGAAUCCGCCCCCCGUCGCAAUCGCGAUGGCUUCAUCGUGUGGUGCGACACACCAGCCUACAGAAGGAGGAAGCAGCCCGUGUCUCACUCGCUCUGGUCGAUCAAGUCUCUGAUGGGAUAGAGUUGCUUAUCACUGGUUACAUUGCUGCGCCGCUUCGCUUCCCUCAGCUAAUGGGCACGACAAUGCAAAUGCAGAAGCACCUCACCAACGCACGAAGAGACGAGCUAGUCGGAAGCCACGACGUUACACUACAACAUUCCAGCGGUGUUUGCCGCAGCGAGGCGAGAGCGGGAGGCACCGUCAAAACGGCGUCGAAGAAGCACGGAAGAACACCCAAGACCCCCCAAGCUUUGCCCAAGCCCGCUGCCCAAGACUUUCACGACAUCCCCCAGGUCUCCCAAGAGCGUCCAAGACGUCCAAGACGUCCAAGACCUGCCAUCAAGAAGGACAAGAAAAAUCAAGAGAUCUUGCCCGAAAGCUUGUCACCGUCCGGGGAAAUGCACACCAUCUCUGCAGCCUUCAAGAGAGACGCUGAAGCUAUCAGAGUUUCACGUCUAUUCAACAUCAGAGUUGAUUCUUGA